AUGAACAUGUCAGCACGGCUAGUGUUUGGAAAGGGACACCUCUCUCCCAAGCAGCUCUCCUUUGCCUUCCCUCAGACUGAUUCCCUUAGGAAAGGCAGCCGGUCCUCUGGGGGAAAGAAGAGGAUGUUCUCCUUUUCUCUCAGAUGUCGCCUGGGCAUCAUCAGAGGACGAGAUGAAGGGCCAUACUCCAAGGGGGGCAAGGAGUCCGGGGGACCUGACCAAUCACAUUUGUCCAGGAGGCGCAGCCUUUCAGAGGAGUACCGAGGGGUGACCACGGUGGACCUGAUGAAAAGGGAAGGCAGCAGCCUCGGCCUCACCAUCUCCGGAGGGUCUGAUAAGGACGGCAAGCCCAGAGUGUCAAACCUACGGCCAGGUGGGCUCGCUGCCAGGAGCGACCAGCUGAAUGUAGGAGACUACAUCAAGUCAGUGAACGGCAUCAACCUGUCAAAGCUCCGACACGAUGAGAUCAUCAGCCUGCUGAAGAACAUCGGGGAGCGAGUCGUGCUGGAGGUGGAGUACGAGCUGUCCCCGUUCGUCCAGUCCCCUGCAGGAGUCUUAACCAAAUCCAUAGAGGUGUGUUUACACAAGGAGGGAAACAGCUUUGGGUUUGUCAUGAGAGGAGGCUUCCAUGAAGACUGGCGCAGGUCUCGCCCCCUGGUGUGCACCUAUGUCAGACCAGGGGGUCCUGCUGACAGAGAGGCCACGUUGAAGGCCGGGGACCGAGUAUUGAGCAUAGACGGGAUGCCUUUAAACAGAGAGAAGCACGCUGACGCUUUGACCAUGCUGAUGCAGAGCGGCCAGGAAGCUCUGUUCCUGAUUGAGUAUGACGUCUCUGUCAUGGAGGCAGUGCAGCAAGCCUCGGGCCCUCUGCUGGUGGAGAUAGUGAAGGGUCCCUCUGCCAGCCUGGGGAUCAGCCUGACCACAACGAUAUACAGGAGCAAACAAGUUAUUAUCAUUGACAAGAUCAAGGCAGCGAGCGUGGUGGAGAGGUGCGGAGCGCUGCAUGCAGGGGACAUCCUCCUGUCCAUCGAUGGGACCAGCACGGAGCACUGCCACCUGAUGGAGGCCACGCAGCUACUCGCCAGCACCUCAGAUGUCGUCAAACUAGAGAUUCUCCCUGCGAGUCAGAGCAGACUUCCUGUCAGGCCACAAGACACAGUCAAAGUGCAGAAGAGCAACCAUCACUGGGACCAAAGCAGCAACUACUGCCACCCCCCACACGCCAGCCACAGCAAGACAUGGAGCAGCCCCAGCCACCCACACAACCAGCAAGACCACUGCAAAUCUCUGGUGAGUGGGGGCUUCUCUCCUUCCUCCACUGCCACCUCAGGCUUCAGCAGCCAGGGCAGCAACACCCUGCCCUGCUCCGUCCCCCCGAUGGCGCCCAACAGCCCCCGCAGCACCACCAGCAAGAGGAGGAACAGGAAGAAAGACCACAAGAGCUCACUGUCUCUGGCGUCCAGUUCUGUCGGCCCGGGGGGGCAGAUCUUUCACGUGGAAACGAGCGAGGUCUUCCUGAGGGGGGAUCCGCUCACAGGUUUCGGGCUCCAGCUGCAGGGGGGUGUCUUUGCCACAGAAACCCUGUCCGCUCCCCCAGUCAUCCGCUUUAUUGAGCCCGAUAGCCCAGCCGAGAGGUGUGGGCUGCUGCAGGUUGGAGACAGACUCUUGUCCAUCAACGGGAUCCUAACUGAAGACGGCACUUUGGAGGAAGCUCAUCAGCUGCUCAGAGACUCGGCUCUGGCCAAUAAGGUCACAGUGGACGUUGAGUUUGACGUAGCAGAGUCGGUGGUUCCCAGCAGUGGCACCUUCCAUGUGAAACUACCCAAGAGGAGAGGAGUGGAGCUGGGCAUCACCAUCAGUGCGAGUAAGAAACCUGGCAAACCCCUCAUCAUCUCCGACAUCAGAAAAGGAAGUAUAGCACACAGAACAGGAACCCUGGAGCCCGGGGACCGGCUGCUGGCCAUCGACAGCGUGCGGCUGGAGAACUGCACCAUGGAGGACGCCAUGCACGUCCUUCAGCAGGCCGAGGACAUGGUCAAGCUGCGGAUCCAGAAGGACGAGGACAACAUUGACGAGUUGGAGAUGUCCGGCUCUAUAAUCUACACAGUUGAGCUGAAGAGAUACAAUGGACCACUGGGCAUCACCAUUUCUGGCACAGAGGAGCCCUUCGACCCCAUCGUCAUUUCUGGCCUCACUAAGAAAGGCCUGGCAGAGAGGACCGGGGCCAUCCACAUCGGGGACCGAGUCCUGGCCAUCAAUGGGGUCAGUCUGAAGGGAAAGCCACUGAGCGAGGCCAUCCACCACCUGCAGAUGGCCGGGGAGUCCGUCACCCUCAAGAUCAAGAAACAAGCAGACAAGUCUGAUGGCCGACAGCCUCUGGACAGAGAAGCUGGGUUUCUCAGUGAUCCAGAGGACGAACUGAUGGACUCCCAUAAGAUGAGUAAACACUCGGAGGUCUAUUCUGCCACUGUUCCCAGUAUAGACUCUGCCAUGAGCUCCUGGGACAGCUCUGGGUUCGACGCGGGGUACAGCAGCCAAGGUACAUAUCUUCACAAAGCAACCGAUAUAUUGCUCAAUCCCAAUGACUGGAGGCGCACUCAGCUCAGGAGCCACACGAAUUCAAGCUCUGCCGGGUUAGUCCACCACUCGGCGCUGUAUGACGGGAGGUUCAGUGAGGAUGAGUGGGACAAGAUACCAGGAUUCGUCAGCCCUCCUCGUUUCCAUGGCACCCUAAACCAUGACGACAGCUUCUGGUCCCAGGCUCUGCAGGACCUCGAGACCUGUGGCCAAUCGGAGAUUCUCAGGGAGCUGGAGGCAUCCAUGACAGGUAGUGCACUUAGUCUAUACCUAGAGGAGACCAAGACCAAUGAAGACUUGAUGUUUGAGUCUGAGUUUAGCCCCAUCAAAAGGGAGGGAAUCAACCACACGGAGUCAAAGACUAAAAGUAGCCUGAACACAUCAUCUGGAGCCAGAGAAGACGCAGCCAGGGGCAGAGGGGACCUCUGUGACGGUUUGUCCAGUACGACUCUGGCACUGCACAAGGUGACCGUAAGGAAAGACCUGGACAGCCAUGACUUUGGUUUCAGUGUGUCUGACGGGCUCCUGGAGAAAGGAGUGUUCGUCAACAUGAUCCGUCCUGAAGGCCCAGCUGACCAGGCGGGUGUAAAGCCUUUCGACCGCAUUCUUCAGGUGAACCGUGUGAGAACCAGGGACUUGGACUGUUGUCUGACUGUGCCCCUAAUUAUGGAGGCUGGAGACAGUCUGGACUUGGUUAUUAGCAGGAAUCCCAUGGCAGCCGCCGACACCGGGCUGCCUGACGACUGUGACGAACCCUCAAACUCACUGUUCUGCUUUCACGACCACAUGACCAGCAGCAUCGCCCUGUGA